AUGUCGGAUGUCGAGGACGAGUACGAGGACGAGGAGGUCGUCGAUGAGGAGGAGCCCCAACAGGAGGAAGAGCCACAAGCCGAGGCUCCGGCCGACGAGCCGGAAGAGGACGAACCGGAAGCCCCAGCCCCGGCUCGAUCAUUGGCCUCCCCUCCAUCGGGUAUGAAGAGUCCGACUCCAGGUCGUGCUCAAAAUGUGCCCUCGGUGCCGAAGAGCGUCCUCAGGAAACAACAACUCUACUCGGCCGGCAAGCCCUCCAAAUUCCACACCAAGGAGAAGCUCAUGAAAUCCGAGGGCAUCAUCCCCAUCCAGGCCGGAUCCAACAAAUAUGCCUCCCAGAAGGGCAUGACCGGCUUCGGUGCUCCCCGUGACGUCAUCGACAAGGUCAAGUCGGAGAACCUCGCCGAGCUCGUCGACGAGAAGAAGAUCGAGCUCCUCAAGGGAUCCACCUGGCUCCAGUCCGGAACCAACAAGUAUGCCUCCCAGAAGGGACAGUCAGCCUUUGGUGCCGUCCGUGACGUCAACUACCUGACCAAGGGAACUGGAGGAGCCAGCGAGGUUCCCGAGGAGAAGGCCCGCGCUUCGGAUGGUAUCGUCCCGCUUCAGUCCGGAACCAACAAGCUCGCCUCGCAGGCCGGCAUGACUGGCAUGGGAAUGCCGCGCAUCGUUGAUGUCCGCAAGUGCAGCGACCAGCAGCGCGACUCCCAGGGCUUCAUCCACCUCCAGAUGGGAACCAACCGAUUCGCCAACCAGUCCGGCAUGACCGGUUUCGGUAUGCCCCGUCGCGAGAUCACCAAGUACAAGGAUGAGACCCGUGGAGAAAUGCCGCACGACGAGAGCUCCACCUCGCGCCAGACCACCGGAUGGAGGGAAGGUGCCUCCCAAUCGGGCAUGACUGGCUUCGGUGCUUUCCGUAACACCACCAUCGCUACGCUGAACGCCCAGGCCCAGCGCUCGCAGGGAAUGAUCCCCUACCAGAUGGGAGUCAACUUCCUCGAUUCACAGGCUGGAAAGACCGGUUUCGGCCAGCCCCGCCAGGUGUACACUCCAUUCACCGACGAGACCCACGAAGAGCUGCCGGCUGAUAUGGCCCGCCGACCGGAUGUGCCAUUCUGGUCCGGACAGGAGGACACCUUUGCCAACCAGACCGGCAUGUCGGCUUUCGGCACGCCGAGGGAUGUGCGCGGCGAGUACGUGCGCCGUAUGUGG